GGACGGCGACGGUAUAAAAGGCGGCGGGCUGAGCCUCCUACUCCAAGCCGCAGCAGCCGCCGGGAGCCCUCCGAGGCCGAGCCACGGUAGCCUCGACGCCAGGACCGGCCCGGCGCGUCCCGUCCCUUCCCGUCCCGGCCCGUCCCGUCCCGGCCCGUCCCGUCCCCUCCCAGCCGGGGCUCCUUACAAAACCUCACCAUGAUGUACCGGGCCUUCAACGCCGACUACGAGGCCUCCUCCUCCCGCUGCAGCAGCGCUUCCCCGGCGGGGGAGAACCUCUCCUAUUACCACUCCCCGGCCGACUCCUUCUCCAGCAUGGGCUCCCCUGUCAACGCUCAGGAUUUCUGCACCGAUCUGGCCGUUUCCAGUGCCAACUUUAUACCGACGGUGACUGCCAUUUCAACCAGCCCAGACCUGCAGUGGCUGGUCCAGCCCACCCUCAUCUCUUCCGUGGCGCCCUCCCAGACCCGAGCACAUCCCUAUGGGGUUUCCGCUCCUUCGACCGGUGCUUAUGCCAGGACUGGCAUCGUGAAGACCACGGGAGGCAGAGGGCAGAGCAUUGGCAGGAGGGGCAAAAUUGAACAGCUGUCUCCAGAAGAAGAGGAAAAGAGAAGGAUCAGGAGGGAAAGGAACAAGAUGGCUGCAGCCAAAUGCCGAAACCGGAGGAGAGAGCUGACUGACACCCUCCAAGCGGAGACGGACCAGCUGGAGGACGAGAAGUCCGCUCUGCAGACCGAGAUCGCCAACCUGCUGAAGGAGAAGGAGAAACUAGAGUUCAUCCUGGCGGCCCACCGACCCGCCUGCAAGAUCCCAGAUGACCUGGGUUUCCCGGAGGACAUGGCAGCCUCCUCCCUCGACCUCAGCGGCUGCCUGACGGAAGCGGUCACCCCGGAGUCGGAAGAAGCCGCUUUUCACCUGCCCCUCUUACAGGAGCCCGAGCCCAAGACCUCCGCGGAGCCGGUCAAGAACGGCUCCGGUCUGGAGCUGAAGGCCGAGCCCUUCGACGACUUCCUCUUCCCGCCUUCGGCCAGGGGCUCCGAAACCGCCCGCUCGGUGCCGGACGUGGACCUGGCCGGCUCCUUCUACGCGGCGGACUGGGAGCCCCUGCACAGCGGUUCCCUGGGGAUGGGCGCUGUGGCCGAGCUAGAGCCCCUGUGCACGCCCGUGGUCACCUGCACCCCCACCUGCACCACGUACACGUCUUCCUUCGUCUUCACCUACCCCGAGGCCGACUCCUUCCCCAGCUGCGCCGCGGCCCACCGGAAGGGCAGCAGCAGCAACGAGCCCUCAUCUGACUCGCUUAGCUCUCCGACCCUGCUGGCUCUGUGAGCUGAGGAGGUGAGACGGAGCCGGGGCGGGGGGG